AUGGGCGGACGCAGCGCUGCGCGGAGACAGGACACGGCCCGGCGGCUGGAGCGGUUCACGGAGCUGAGAGCAUCUUCUUUAGGAAAUGGUGGAUCAACUCUUCAUGCUCUUCGGUUCUUGGAGGAGCAGUUUGGUGAUCAGUGGACUUCCUUCACUGUGCUACUAAUCCAUUCUGAUGAGUGGAAAAAGAAAGUCAGUGAAUCCUAUGCCACGGUCACGGAGMGGCUGGAGGACGACCUGCAAAUCAAGGAGAAGGAGAUGGCAGAGUUGAAGAAUGUCUUCAGCUCCGAGGAAGCCUUCUGCAAAGUCAAUCUGAAUUUCCGCACGGAGAACGGGCUGUCCCUGCUGCACCUGUGCUGUGUCUGUGGCGGCAACAAAUCCCACAUCAGAACUCUGAUGCUGAAAGGGCUGCGCCCGUCCAGGCUGACRAGAAAUGGAUUUACAGCCCUUCAUAUGGCAGCUUAUAAGAACAAUGAGGAGCUGCUGACAGCUCUGCUGCACGGCGGGGCUGACAUCCAGCAGGUCGGGUACGGAGCCCUGACCGCCCUGCACGUCGCCUCCAUCGCCGGCCACCACCAGGCUGUGGACAUUCUCCUGCAGCACGGGGCCUUUGUGAACGUGCAGGAUGCAGUGUUCUUCACCCCUCUGCACAUUGCUGCCUAUUAUGGCCACGAGCAGGUGACCCAUCUGUUACUGAAGUUUGGAGCCGAUGUGAACGCGAGUGGUGAAGUUGGGGACAGACCUCUCCAUUUGGCUGCUGCCAAAGGCUUCCUCAACAUCACAAAGCUUYUGAUGGAAGAGGGAAGCAAAGCUGAUGUAACGCUGAAGAACAUAGAACUUGUGAAGUUUCUKCUUGACCAGAAUGUUGUAAGCAUCAAUCACCAGGGAAGAGAUGGGCACACAGGUCUGCACUGCGCUUGCUACCACGGCCACAUUCGCCUGGUGCAGUUCCUGCUGGAUAACGGAGCUGAUAUGAAUCUGGUAGCGUGUGAUCCCAGCAGGUCCAGUGGAGAAAAGGAUGAACAAACCUGUUUGAUGUGGGCCUAUGAGAAAGGUCACGAUGCCAUUGUGACCCUCCUGAAGCAUUACAAGAGACCCCAGGAUGAAUCCCCCUGCAAUGAAUACUCCCAGCCUGGAGGAGACGGUUCCUACGUGUCAGUGCCAUCCCCUCUGGGGAAGAUUAAAAGCAUGACAAAAGAAAAGGCUGAUGUGCUGCUCCUCCGCGCGGCUUUGCCGUCGCAUUUCCACCUGCAGCUCUCGGAGAUCGAGUUCCACGAGAUCAUCGGCUCAGGGUCYUUUGGGAAAGUCUAUAAGGGCCGAUGUAGAAAUAAAAUUGUGGCAAUCAAACGUUAUCGAGCCAACACCUACUGUUCCAAAUCGGACGUGGACAUGUUCUGCAGGGAGGUUUCCAUCCUGUGCCGCCUGAACCACCCCUGUGUGAUCCAGUUUGUGGGAGCCUGCCUGGAUGACCCCAGCCAGUUUGCCAUUGUCACCCAGUACAUCUCGGGGGGCUCGCUCUUCUCCCUGCUCCACGAGCAGAAGAGAAUUCUUGAUCUGCAGUCUAAAUUAAUUAUUGCUGUAGAUGUGGCCAAAGGCAUGGAGUACCUCCACAAUCUGACCCAGCCCAUCAUACAUCGGGAUUUGAACAGUCACAAUAUUCUCCUGUAUGAGGAUGGUCAUGCAGUGGUUGCUGAUUUUGGAGAAUCUCGAUUUCUGCAAUCCCUGGAUGAAGACAACAUGACAAAACAACCUGGGAACCUGCGCUGGAUGGCCCCCGAGGUGUUCACCCAGUGCACCAGGUACACCAUCAAAGCCGAUGUCUUCAGCUACGCCCUGUGCCUCUGGGAGCUCCUAACGGGGGAAAUUCCAUUUGCUCACCUCAAACCAGCAGCAGCAGCAGCAGACAUGGCCUAUCACCACAUCCGCCCCCCCAUCGGCUACUCCAUCCCCAAACCCAUCUCCACGCUGCUCAUCAGGGGCUGGAACGCCUGUCCUGAGGGGAGACCAGAGUUUUCAGAGGUGGUUACAAAGUUGGAGGAGUGUCUGUGCAAUAUUGAGUUAAUGUCUCCAGCCUCCAGCAACAGCAGCGGGUCCCUGUCCCCCUCCUCCUCMUCAGACUGUCUGGUGGCACGGGGGGCUCCGGGGCGCAGCCACGUCGCUGCCCUGCGCAGCCGCUUCGAGCUGGAGUACGCCCUGAACGCCAGAGCAUUGACUGCCUGCUGCCAGGGCAGCGGGCAGUCCCCUGCCCAGGGCCUGGCUCUGGAGGACAUGAGGAGGAGCUUCCAGUACCCAUCUGUGGAUAAAAACGGGUACGUGGCAGACCCCCUGAGCACCAUCAGGUUCCACUCCUGGGGCAGCAGCGGCAGCUUUGAGGACAGCAGCUGAGAGAGGAACUGUCCCUGUGUCACCAGAGAGCCCUGAGUGUCACUGCCAUCCCUGAGUGUCACUGCCAUCCCUGAGUGACACUGCCAUCCUGAGUGUCACUGCCAUCCCUGAGUGACACUGCCAUCCCUGAGUGACACUGCCAUCCUGACACUGCCAUCCCUGAGUGUCACUGCCAUCCCUGAGUGUCACUGCCAUCCCUGAGUGUCACUGCCAUCCCGAGUGUCACUGCCAUCCCUGAGUGACAGACACAGCCA